AUGUGUACCACAGCCCAGGCUGCCCUCUGCAAAGCCACAGCUGGACACCGACAGCUGGUGCUGCAGCUUGGGGGCAGCAGCGAUGGCCCUCGGCUGCGGGAGGAGCGGUGCAGGAGGAGCACAGAGGCCCGUGAGCUCAGCACCGGGCUGCGGCGGGUGCUGCUGGCAGGGCUGCAGCAGACACCACUGAGCCCACUGGAGCGGCGGGAGCUGGAGCGACUGUGGGUGCUCUUCCUCUCCACCCUGGAGCUCUUCCUGCAGGACCUGCACCGUGCCCACCACCUCUGCCAGCUCUUCUCCACGCAGGGGGGUGGUGUGGCCCCACUGCACACUGGGCUAGGGGGCUGGCAACUGCCUGGCCGGCGAGCGGGGUGUCCAGUGCAGCCCCCAGCCACCCAGUGCUUGGAGGAGGAGAUUGAGCAGGUGAGGGUCAUGCUGGCAGAGAUGGAGAGCAGAGCCAACAUUCCGCCAUGGACAGUGGAAGCCACAGAGACCACACAGCCAGCAGGGAAAGGCAGCACUGCAGUCGGGGGGAACUGGGGAGGGUCCCGUGCUGGGCACUGCUGUGGGGUGCUCUGA